AGUCAUCCGGCUCGCGGGGACACGAGCUCUGUCCAGCGGGAGGAACGAGCCGUCACACCGCGCCGCGGCUCCGGGAUGACAAAGGCCCAGUGAAGCGGGGAGAGAUGUCGCAGAGGAAGAUAUUCCUGGUCUUCGUCGCCAUCAGCACCGUCAGUCUCCUGCUGCACCAUGGGGGCCACUUGAACUGGACCAUGGAGGCCUUCCAUCUGGGUUGUCCCGCCCUCCGCUCCCACCCGGCCCCGGGCCUGAAACCCAAGCACGCCAACGUGGCCUUCCUCAAGACCCACAAGACGGCCAGCACCACCAUGCAGAACCUGCUCUUCCGCUUCGCGGAGCGCAACAACCUCACGGUGGCGUUGCCCGUGCAGGCCUGCGGUCACCAGUUCUGCUACCCGCGCUCCUUCACGUCUCACUUCGUCCACCCGCAGACGCUGCCGCCCAACAUCGUCACCAGCCACAUGCGCUUCAACAAGGCCGAGAUGCAGCGCCUGAUGCCCAACGACACCAUCUACGUCACGAUCCUGAGAGAGCCGGGCUCCAUGUUUGAGUCCUUGUUCAGCUACUACAACCAGUACUGCCAGAGCUUCAAGAGGGUCCCCAAUGGCUCCUUGGAGGCUUUCCUCGAGGAGCCGUGGCGCUACUACCGGCCCGAUGAGAAGGACUCCAUGUACGCACGCAACACCUUGACCUUCGACUUGGGCGGAGACAAGGACCGCCCGGCAACAGACGUGGCGUAUGCGCGAGGCUUUCUGGCGGAGGUGGACAGAGUUUACUCCCUGGUGAUGAUCGCCGAGUACUUCGACGAGUCGCUGGUUCUCCUCCGGCAUCUCCUCUCUUGGGACCUGGACGACAUCCUGUACGUUAAACUCAACAUGCGGACGCCGAGCUCAAAGAGGAGCCUGACGCCGGGCCUCGCUUCAAAGAUCCGCUCCUGGAAUUCCGUGGACGCGCGCCUCUACGACCACUUCAACGCCUCCUUGUGGCGCCAGCUGUCCGUGCUGGGUGCGGCGUGCGUGGCGAGGGAGGUGAAGCUCCUUCAGCGAGCCCAGGGGAGGCUGAUGAAAAGCUGCUUCGGCGGGCGGAUGCCGCUUCAACGAUCAGCCGCGCAAAUACAAAAUAAAGAUCUCCGUCCCUGGCAGCCCAGUGGAAAAGUUGACAUCGUGGGCUACGACCUCCCGGUAAAUCUCAGCCGUGGCUUCUCCAGCCAGGCCCAGGAGCUCUGCCUCAAGCUCAUCAUGCCUGAAGUCCAGUACACGAGGGUGCUGCUACGUACCCAAUCGCUGCGAUACCGCCGAGGCUACCAGCUACGCCCUGCGCAGCAGUCGCAUCCCAUCCAGCAGCCCAUACACACAACCCUGCCUCGGCAUCUUCAGGUGCAACGCCCUGCAUCAGGGACGGGGUCCACCGCCACCUCAAAGCCCGCUGCGGGAACUUAAGGUCGGACCACGGAGUUAGAGUAAGUCCUCACAGACCCAGGCCUCGCGGAUUCAAAAGCAUACACUGGAGUGCCCAAAAGACCGCAUAGUCCUCCCCAUCCUGACCCGCGAGACAUGCUUCAGCUGGUAGUGGGUGUUGGAAACAAGGGUCUCUUUGGGAAAGAGGCUGGGUUUUUCUUGUACCAAUGUCUCUCUUAUCCUCCCCAGUUCGGGGUCAAAGUAAAUGAGGGGAAAGAGGAGGGUAAGGUGGUCGGCCGUAUCUGGACUUGAACUUGAAUCUCUCCCCUCUCUGAUCUGUGAAACAGCAUCGGGGUUGGCAGACACGAGGGCGGGAGAACUCUACACUGGUAGCCGGCUCGAUUGCACACCUCCGCGCGCCCGGCAACAGCGGUCGGGAGAGGGUUUUCGGUGAAAGUGGUGCUUUGAAGAAAAUCUGUUAUAUGCGCCCGAGACUCAAUAGGGAAGUGGCGAUAUCGGGGCCUAUUGUGAGGUACAGAGUAGGCAUUGUGUGCAUCACACUGGUCUAGUAUCAUGUUACUUGCUUUCAUUCUGUUUCCCAAGCCCUCUCUCGCUCACUCUCCCUUACAUAUGCCACUUUAAGUCCUUGAGAGAGACAUAAUGACAUAGAAGGAUCAGCUGUCAGCCAUCCAAAGAGCCUCCUAAGAGGCCGGACAGACAUUGAGAUCACCUCCGACCAUUAAUACAACAGCACAAUCAACUCUUCUCCUUCUCUUCUUCUUCUUCUUCUGCUCUUACAAAGGAAUAGAGCAAAGAGGUUUUAGAAGAGCGUAUACAGAGGGAAAGCCUAAAGACUUGGAUGCUCAUCUUGGCCAACCAUUAUCUCUACGACUCACACAGAGUGUCUCUUUGGCUUUUUCGACCUCUCCGAUUUCCUCCCUGCAUCCAUCUCCCCGUCUUUCAUCCCCACUGCUACCCUACUGGUUUGGCUCUAGAACCAAAGAGCAGCGCUGACAUCUUGUUUUUCUUCACCUUUGAUUUCGGUCUCAUCUCGGACCUCCAGCUGAGAUCGCAUCUCGCAGCUCGGAGACGAUCUAGGUCGCCAGGCCUACUUCAUAUAUGUGAAAGGCAUCGGUUUAGGAACCUACACACCACACUGGCACAAACAAAAAGGUAAAACAACUGGACUUGAGGCCCGUUGGGUCGCGUUACUUGAAUGUUUGAUCGUCUCCUCCCACCGACGUACAGCUGCUCAUUCUGGAACGAGGAAGCACGGCGAGGACGAGGCGAGGCAUCGAUGGUUUGGGUUUGCCUGCGAUCUGAAAACGCCACCAACUUAUCUCCGCCGCGGUCCCUUUUUAAUCCAUUCUGCUCAUAUUUAAUGUGUCGUUUGUGUUAUUUUAUUCCUCCGGUGAUCAGCAGGACACUGCUAAGUAACUGGGGGUUGGAGGAAGGUGUAUUUAUGUGUGUGUGUGUGUGUGUGUCAGAGCCAGUAAGGGUCUCUCUCUCUUUCUCUCUCUGUUUCAUGUUGUAUUUUUUUCCCCAAGGCCAGGCAAGUUGCCAUGGCAACAAAGAGAAAUAAUGUGUGCGAAGGGUUUAUUAAAACUAUGUAUUAUUUAUUAUCGGGAUUUAAAGAGACCCAUUACUGUAUUUGAAAUGUUUUAGUUUUUUUUCGUGAAUCACUGGAUAAAAAAAAGCUUCACAUGCUCCUGCAUCCCCCCUCCCUCCUCCCCCUUCAGGUGGAACAAGUCACGAUAUAAAAGAUUAAUUCUGUACUUUGUUUUACAUAAUGCAAAACUACAAAGACCACGUCUGAAAACCGCCCACUGUAACAAGUGGAGUGGCUUUAAAAUGAAUCUUUCAUUCGGCGGUGCGUGAGUGCUCAACCACACGGAGCGUUUCUGCGGUUGCAGUCGGUCUCACUGAACGGAGCGAUGAGGGAAAACACACAAACCGCCAGGAAUCAAGAGGAGCAGCGGGUGGAGCGGCCACGAGGUGGAGAGGAGAAACUGUUUUGACUGUGAAUACAUGAAUUCAAAGUGUGCUUGUACGUGAACCUCCGAGCUUUGAAAGCUUCGAGAUGCACAGCACAAUUUUAUUUAUUAACAGCUUUUGAAAUGUCUUCAGAUAUGUGUGAUAUUUCUUAAAGGUACAUUACAUACACUGCAAAGAAAAAAUCACUUUAAAGGAUGAGGCUGGAGUUUUUUUCUGUAUUUUGUUUUUACUGUUAACAAAUCCCAGGAAAAAAGACAUACAAUGAGUAAGUGACCCCCCCCCCCCCCCAACACACACACACAAACACAGACUGGAUUAACUCUCUUUGCCAUAAUAAUGGAACGUGUACACUUUCGUGUGUUUUAAAUGUGUUUUUGGAUGGUUUCAUUGUUGUUUUUUGUCUUUUCAUGGGAUUUGUUGACAACAUGAAAUCAGAUUACUGAUGAACUAUGUUUUGAUAAUUAUGAAUUCAGCUGCUAUAUGUAAAAUAAAGCAUUUUCGCUUUGAGUUAAAGUCCUGAACUGCUUCAACCUGCUGCAAAAAUAACAAUAAUAAAACACUGGAUUUGUGUUUGUCGCUAAUUAACAUUGGCGGAGACCCAAAGUGUUGUUUUGUUUGUUUUCGUGCGAUAAUUUAUUCCAGAAUGUGUCUGUAUUCAUGUAAUUUGGUACACUUUGGAGACGCGUUGGCACGCCACUUGAUUUGUAAGCGUAAGGUGGAGUUCAGGUACCGUCGGCACAUUCCCGUGGUGGUUUGUAUACGAGUAAAAGCAAAUAAACGAUCAAAAUGGGAUUUGGGAAAAUUACAUUUCUCUGAAAGGGAACCAGAUGAAAAAUAUGUUUUUAUUUCCCCUCAACGAUUCAAUUACGACCCGUCUCUCUCCGUGGCUGUGAAUCUCUCUAAGUGCUUGUUUUGAUUGUUUUCGCCCGGCUUGUGUGAGAGUGUCAGUAAUGGUCACACCGCCGUGUCUAGAAACGAGAUUUUUAUCUUUGAAAGACGAGGAGCCGCGAUGAAACAGAAUGCUGAAAUCUAACCAUCUUCACAUUCGAUGCCCCCUUUUCGCUCCUGUUCCCUGUUAAACUGGAGAAUUAAACUUCUUUUCUCGCGGCGUCGGGUGAAUAUUUAUAUGUUUUGCGGGGAAGUGAACGAGACGGGUUCAUUGGCAUCGACGAUUAUCUGACUGUAUUUUCCAUCAUUGCCUCUUAGGAACUGCACAUCUUUCUGUUUAAGGACUGAUCUGUGAGCUGUGAAGAAUGAGACAGCCCCCCUAUAUCCCCCUUCCCCAUUUUAUGUGAAUGGGCGUGAAUAUUUGGGUGUGUGAUGGGGCUCUGAGCAAAUGGCUAACGACAAUCACAGCUAGGGGCCCAGAAAGCUUUGUAAUGAUGGACGGUGAGCGUGACGAAUAAAGUUUGAUUGAUUUGAACUCA